CAGCCCUAGGACAGCCCAAGGUGGCCUCAGCAAGGCUCAAGAUGGUCCCCCAGAUUUCCGUAGCCAUUUUUGUUCAAGCCGAUUUGUCUGAAGACCAUCUUGCCCAGGACCGAUCGAAGCGAGAGCCUACCAGCUUGGUCUUCCAUCAUGCCGAGGGGAACCAUCAAGAAGUUCUUCGAGGACAAGGGCUUCGGCUUCAUCACGCCUGAGGACGGCGGUGAGGACGUGUUCGUACACCGGAAGGUGCACGGCCAGGAUCGUACCGCCUACCUCGAGGAAGGCGACGCUGUCGAGUACGAGUUGGAGUGGGACGACCGCAAGGGCAAGUAUUGCGCCUCGUCAUGCUCUGGUCCCUGGAAGUCGGGCGGCGGCGAUGGCGGCGGCGGUGGAGGCGGCAAGGGCGGCAAGGGCGGCGGCGGCGGUUGGGGAAAGGGCGGCGGCGGCUGGUAGUCUAGGCCCUGGCUUCUGGCGCGGUUUUCCGCGGGCGGGGACGCGGCGGAAGAGGAGGAGGAAUACGUGUCUCAAUGGUCUCCCGUAUCGGUUCAUUCUCGCUUACUUGUGCACGGGCACGCUGGGCCCACUCGGCGUGCCCGCAACGCUCCGGCCUCUGUUUCUGCAACGCUUUGCCGUGCGCAAGGGUACGUUUAGGUUGUUGCUAGCAGGCCUCGGUGCGUGCACCAGUAGUCAUUGCCUGGCCGGGACCUGUCACUCUCGAUGCCGCCCAGAGCCAGUCGAGACCCGCGCUUGGCCAGAGCACAAAACAGUACAA